AUGACUGAAUCAAGUAAAAAAUUUGAAAUACGAGAAGCCAAAAAUGAGAUUGAUAUCCUUAACUGUUAUCCAGUAUUGAAGAUACUUCGGCCUCACCUUAAAUAUGUGGAAGAGUACAUUGAACGAGUUAACCGUCAACACGCAAAAGGCUAUCGAUUAUUUUACAUUGCUGAUUCGGAAAAGGUGUUGAUUGUGAUUGGCUUUACAAUUCGGGAACGUUUACUAUCUGGUAAAACUGUCUAUUUGGAGGAUUUUUGUGCUCUCAAUUGGACAAUACAUGAAGAGUUGGGUCCUUUAUUGAUCAACUGGCUUCUUUCAUAUGCCAAGGAAGCUCAUUGUGAUAAUAUAGUUACCGAAUCGGCAUUCACUCGCUAUGAAAUCCAUCGAUUUUACCUCAAUCAUGGCUUCAAGAUAACUGCUCAUCACUUUUCAUUACCUUUGAUUGGUAAAAAGGUUCCCUCAACUUCAGCCUUGCAAGAAUCUUCAUCUUGA